GGUCCCGCCAUGUCUCAGAAACAAGAAGAGGAGAACCCUGCGGAGGAGACCGGCGAGGAGAAGCAGUUAAAGGCGGCAACUUUAUCAAGAUAACCUAUUUUGACGAUUGGGGAUGGUCUGUUGCCCAUCUUCUGUGAGGACGGAACAAGAUUGAAGAGGAAUGAAGGACACGCAGGAGAAAGAAGGUAUUCUCCCUGAGAGAGCUGAGGAGGCAAAGCUAAAGGCCAAAUAUCCAAGCCUAGGACAAAAGCCUGGAGGCUCCGACUUCCUCAUGAAGAGACUCCAGAAAGGGCAAAAGUACUUUGACUCAGGAGACUACAACAUGGCCAAAGCCAAGAUGAAGAACAAGCAGCUGCCAAGUGCAGGACCAGACAAGAACCUGGUGACUGGUGACCACAUCCCUACCCCACAGGAUCUGCCCCAGAGAAAGUCCUCGCUCGUCACCAGCAAGCUUGCGGGUGGCCAAGUUGAAUGAUGCUGCCCGGGGCUCCGCCAGAUCCUGAGACGCUGCCCCCCCCUGGGUCCUGCGCUGGCUCCUGCCCCUCCCUGCAUUUGCAGAGGGCUCAGGAGGUGGCUCGGGCACGGGCUGGAGAGGCAGAAGCCCCUGCCCGUCGGUGUCCCAGCGCAUGGAGCCCCUUGGGCCGAGCACCAAGACCUUGAACCUUUUUUGUUUUACCUUUCUUCCAAAUAACUCUUGGGAGAAAUCUCAGUGAAAUCCUAGGGAGUGGGGUGGGACUGGGGAGAUGUUUGAGAGGGUGGGUGGGAGAUUUAGGGGAAUAUGAAUUAGCGCUCGGAGUUGAUAACAUUCCUGACAAUCCUUCUUAACCAUGUGGCUGGUGUGAGGGGAAGGAAAUGGAGUAAACGAAAGAUGUGGGUUUCCAAUUUAACUGUAGAAAAAUGCAAUGUUUGCUUAGACAUGGCUGGGGACCUGGUGUCAGAUAAAAGAAACUGUCCAUCUAAAUAUGACAGAUGCAGACAGCUCCUCUGGUUCUGCAGAGCAAGCUGAGAAUGCAAUUAAUGUUAAUUGUUCAUUUUUUAAAAUGUCCUUGAAACAGAUUUACUGUGGGGAGAAGGGCAGUGAGUAUGGGGAGCCCCACAGAGCCCAGGGGACUUUUUCAGUAUUUGAAAUUAAAAAAAAAAAGACCCACAAAAAAAACCCAACCCAUAAAUACUCUGAAGCAGUUGGUGUGUUUUAUUGGGGUUUGGGGAGAGGGAAGGAAAGAAAGGUACCAUUCAGGGGAGAAGCUGGUGUGUGGCCCUAAGUUUUUUAAGGAUCCUCUUAAUAUAGGAUGUGCUUAGGCUGCACACUUCCAUCACUUAGGGAGAGGGAACGAGGAUGUUGGCAUGCAGACCAGGGUUUUUCCUGACCCCUGUCCACCCUUGGUUCCUGUACCUAAUACAGAUGCAUCAACCUCAGGUUUGGGCUCACAGAAGGAGGAAUUUGAGAGCGUUUGAUCUUAACGAUUUAUUGACACCUAAAGCUUAGUCCAGACUAAGCAAAAAGGAAGCCCACUCUUCCUUUUCAGUCGUGUAUUCCUUCACAGUUCUGUUGGUGAAGGAGAAAUGGGACCUCUAGUAAUAAGCCAAAAGGAACUUGAGCCUCUCUGCCUGUGGCCAGCAGGAGGCACAGUGACUUCUUUCCUCAUGUUAUCAAAACAAUCCCAAAUCCUGCCACUGACAGAGGGUAAGAAGACCUGUGAAUGUAAUAUACAAAAGGAACGUGACCAAAAUAGAAACAGACUCCAUUCUGUCUCUCCUGGCCCCACCAACAUUCACACGUGUUAAAUCAGGGGUCCUCAAACUUUUUAAACAGGGGGCCAGUUCACUGUCCCUCAGACCGUUGGAGGGCCGGACUAUAGUUUAAAAAAAAACUAUGAACAAAUACCUAUGCACACUGCACAUAUCUUAUUUUGAAGUAAAAAAAACAAAACGGCAAAAACACCCGCAUGUGGCCCGCGGGCCGUAGUUUGAGGACGCCUGUGUUAAAUGAAACACCCAUUUUGCCCAAGUUUGAUUAGGAGAGUUUAUCAUGGUAUUUUCCCAAAUGUGAAUGGCUUUUCAAAUAAGUGUGCAUCAAGGAAGAUAAACAGGGCCCAGGAGACAGAUAUUUUAGAGAAAUCUCCAUCUUAUUGAGGGAGGGGGGUACUUCUAAACUGGAGAAGAAAUGUUGUUCUUGGUAUCUAACUCAUUCUCCUUAAUGAGCAUCUUUCUAAAUAAGUUUUCAAUUGAGGUAUUCCUGGCUUGCUCUCUCUAAAUUUAGCCAGGGGACUGGGAUGCAUCCUAACCAUUGGCUUUUCUGAACAGCAUGCUCGACACUGAGUGAGCCAGGUAGUCUGGCGCUAGGUUAAAGAAGGGCAUGCCCUGGCCAGGUGGCUCGGUUGGUUGGAGUGUCAUACCAUACACCAAAAGGUUGAGGGUUUGAUUCCCAGUCAGGGCACAUACCUAGGUUGCAAGUUUGAUCCUCUGUUGGAGCAUGUACAGGAGGCAACCAAUCAAUGUUUCUCACAUCGAUGCUUCUCUUUCUCUAAAAUCAAUAAAACAUAUCUCAGGGGAGGAUUUUUUUUUUUUUU